AUGGUGAAUGGUUUAUCGGAAAAACGAGAAAAAAUUGCACUGUUUGAGAGAAAAUUUAAAGGUGAAAUAAAUAAAUUACUAGAAAAUAUUCAAGUUGUUCCAUCAUCUGACAAUGCUUAUGAUACUUAUGAUUGCUUGAAAACUCAAUUAGUAGCAAAUGCAAAUGUUCAGAUCAAAACACAGUUGGGAAUGUUUACGAUUUUACCUCGCGAACUAAUUCUUGUAUUUUUCGAUCAUAUUCCAACCAAUUAUUUGGUGAAAUUGAGCGUAUUAUCGAAAUGCUUUAAUGAAUUAGUGCUUUCUUAUACUUUAUCAGGUGGUGCAACCUUAAGAUUUACUCGUGAAUCAAAGCGAUUAUUAACGGAUGAAGAAAAAAUGAGUGGGAAAGAUCCUUUUCAUUGUUUGAUUUUGAAAUCAGUUACAAUAACUUUCCAUUCUGUUAAGCGAAGAGCGUAUCUCCGUCAAUUUUUCCAUAAAAACAAGGUUAUCAAUGAUUGUUACGGUUGGGGACGUUUAUUCAUCUCGUUUUGUGGGAACUGGCAUUUCGCCGAAUGCGAUAAAUUAAUGCACGACAUUAUGGAAUUCGAUAAUGGUUUUUUGAAAAAGUUGUUGCAUCGAGUACUCACAGGCAAAGUCGGAGAAUUUCCUGAUUGUGAGAUCUUGGUUCGUCGUCAUCUUCGUGGCUUUUUCUUAGAUCAUGAAUUCAAGGAUCCCAGAGAUAGUAUUUUCUGGCUUUCAGCGUUAAUUGGCUGUCAUGAUCCGAUUGCGAGACGGAGCAGACUACUGAUGAUCCUAUAUGGACCCACAAAAUUUGUAAAUGAGAAAGAAACGAUUGAUUGGGAUAUUCUUUCAAAUACAACAUUGCGAAAUUUUUUCGAGAGUUCAGAAAAAAUUGGACCGCUUUCACUUAGUUUAAGUCGCAUUAUGACAAGUGAAUGUAUUCAAUUUAAUAAGUACAUUUGGUCAGAAAAUGAUUUAUUCAAUCUUAUGGAAGAUAUGACAACCUCUCCUGAACCUUGGACAUUGGACAAUUUUGUUGCUUUACUCGCUCAUCGGCCAGCAUUGAUUCCUGUUGCAUUUAUUAAUCGUGCAAUUCAUGGUCAUACUCGAGAAAUUGGCCAGUUAUUUGUGCAAAUGAAAACAGUACUUUAUCGUUGGAAUAUUAACAUCUAUCGUGCAUUGAUGGAUCCUUUGGCAUCCACCAUGAAAGCAUUACCUGCGGCAUAUAAACGAACAUUUCUUGCAUCAAUUUAUGAAUCAGAAGCUGAACUAUUGAAAGAACUUCUAAGCAAUGAACCUUUUAGGCGCUGGAAAUUCAUGGAAGAACUAGCUUCAUUGCACUCAAUCUCGCAGCUUAUGGAUGCUUUGAUUGCUAAUAUCUAA